AUGGCUUCGCCAGACAACGGCAGCUUGAAGCGCCUACAACUACAAGUGUGUGAUAACUGCCGUUUCCGCAAAACAAAGUGUGAUCGUGGACUUCCAUGUACCAGCUGUAUAGCUUCCUCCAUAUGCUGCCAGUAUCUACACACGCCGCGCCGCAAAGGCCCUCGUGGAGGCAAAGGCCGGAGACUUCUGCAGAUCAGGCAGGGUCUCAGGGAGUUUGACAAGGACCUAUUUGACAUCAAAACUGUUUCGCAAAUGCAGUCAGAGUUGACAGAUGCAGAAGGCUCUCCGCCGCUCCCAGAAGCAACAAUUGGCUGCCCAUCAUUGUCGCUGACUACCUCAAAGCAAAGCAAGCAGCAGGCCAUUGCGGCUCUUACGACGAAUGUGCGAUAUUUUGUAAACCGCCUUUUGCCUAUUAUGCCCGUUAUCCAAGAAGCAGAAGUCCUGUCGGAUGUAGAGAGGUUUGAUGACAUGUCACUACCCCGGCAAUGCUUUCUACUAUCCCUUUGCGCCGCUACUCGCAUGCAACUCAAACUUGACACUUUGAAGGAAGGGCCACAAUCGAACAUUUCCACAAACGCAUACUUGCAUGUGCCUUUAACUGGGAAAGGGCUGCUUGAGGUCACGAAGAGACUGCGGCGCCAGUUUGAUGUCGUGGACAAUAUAAGUCUGGAUGCAGUUUUGACAUCGUUUUUCCUUUUCGCUGCUCAUGGGAAUUUGGAGGAACAUGACCAUGCAUCGUUUUGUUUGAGCGAGAGCAUAACCAUGGCCUUCUCGCUGGGACUUCAUAAUGAAGAAACGUACAUCGGCCUCCCCAAAGAUGAAAGGGAGCUGAGGCGGCGUAUAUUCUGGUUGUUAUUUGUUACAGAAAGGACCUAUGCACUUCAACGCCGCCGACCGGUUAUGCUUCGCAGUACGAUAUCAAAACCACAAAUCAUCGACUCCGACUGUCCUGCUCUCAUGCACGACUUCGUCAACCAUAUUCGACUCUUUGAGCUUCUUCCCCACACAUUGUACGACUGGCUACCCUCGAGCGAUCCGUUACAACAACAGGCAUCAGCAGUCACGUUGAGCCAGCGAGUUGCGGAUAUGAUAUGCAUGGUACACCCAGGUGACUCUGUUCUGGAGAGCCAGCGCUUUGAUACUCUUAUUACCCAGCAGUGGUUGCGGGUCUCUAUGUGGCAGCUGGCUUAUGGACGAAACCUGAGCCAAAUGAGAUGGCGUGGAGGAGAGUCUCCAAACUCGGCCGUACCUUUUGAUGCCGGAAGAGCAGUCAUGGGACAACUAGCUUUCGUUCGACAGGCGUCCAAAGAUUGCCAUGGUAUCUCGAUCGAGCAGAAACUAUUCGACAUUGGUGUUAGCCUUGGCGAUGCCUCUGUGAUUGCUGUGCCAACCUCAUCAUUCGAAUUUGGACCCGUCGAUCUUCUCUACUCGAUUGUCAAGUGUCUUGGUCACAUCCGCGGCUGCAAAUCACCUCUACUGCCAGAGCUUUUGAGACAUUGCGGUGGACUACUCCCUUCUGCCACACCAGCUCCGCAAUUAGAUUUGCUGUCCGCGUCGUACGAAGAAUCGUCGGCAAUGCACACGGGUCUGGCGCUGGAGCACGGAAUGUCACAAACAGACGAACAAAAUGCCAGAGAGCAUGGGCAUUCACAUGACACCAACGACUCGCAAUUCGAGGAGCUGUCGUCUUUUAUUACUUUACCUUGCGAAGAUCUAGUCUAUCAUGUGCCAGUACAUGUUCCAGUACCCGAGAAUUGA